GGUGCCCAGGUUCAAAAUGCCUUUUAAAGCAUUUGAUACCUUCAAAGAAAAAUUUGUGAAACCUGGAAAGGAAGGAGUGAAGAACGCCGUGGGAGAUUCAUUGGGGAUUUUGCAAAGAAGAAUCGAUGGGACCAAUGAAGAAGAAGAUAAUAUUGAACUGAAUGAAGAAGGAAGGCCAGUGCAGCCAUCCAGGCCAAGCCCCCCACUCUGUGACUGCCACUGUUGUGGCAUCCCCAAGCGUUACAUCAUCGCCAUCAUGAGUGGGCUGGGUUUCUGCAUCUCCUUUGGUAUUCGUUGCAAUCUUGGAGUUGCCAUCGUGGAAAUGGUCAACAACAGCACUGUGUAUGUUGAUGGAAAACCAGAAAUUCAGAUAGCACAGUUUAAUUGGGAUCCAGAGACGGUGGGCCUUAUCCAUGGAUCUUUUUUCUGGGGUUAUAUUAUGACUCAGAUUCCAGGUGGUUUCAUUUCAAACAAGUUUGCUGCUAACAGGGUCUUUGGAGCGGCCAUUUUUCUAACAUCGACUUUGAACAUGUUCAUUCCUUCUGCGGCCAGAGUGCAUUAUGGCUGUGUGAUGUGUGUCAGAAUUUUACAAGGACUGGUGGAGGGUGUGACUUACCCAGCCUGCCAUGGAAUGUGGAGUAAGUGGGCACCACCUUUGGAGAGAAGCAGACUGGCCACGACGUCUUUUUGUGGUUCCUAUGCGGGAGCAGUGGUUGCCAUGCCCCUGGCUGGGGUAUUGGUACAGUACAUUGGAUGGUCCUCUGUCUUUUAUAUUUAUGGUAUGUUUGGGAUUAUUUGGUACAUGUUUUGGCUGUUGCAGGCCUAUGAGUGCCCAGCAGCUCAUCCGACGAUAUCCAAUGAGGAGAGGGCCUAUAUAGAGACAAGUAUAGGGGAAGGAGCCAAUAUAGCCAGUCUAAGUGUGGGUCUCUUGUCAGCGGUCCCUCACAUGGUUAUGACAAUCAUUGUUCCUAUUGGAGGACAGUUGGCUGAUUAUUUAAGAAGCAGAAAAAUUUUGACCACGACAGCUGUCAGGAAAAUCAUGAACUGUGGAGGCUUUGGCAUGGAGGCCACCUUACUUCUGGUGGUUGGCUUCUCCCAUACCAAAGGGGUGGCUAUCUCCUUUCUGGUGCUUGCUGUAGGAUUUAGUGGCUUUGCUAUUUCAGGUUUCAAUGUCAAUCACCUGGACAUUGCUCCCCGUUAUGCCAGCAUUCUCAUGGGGAUCUCCAAUGGCGUGGGAACCCUCUCUGGAAUGGUCUGUCCCCUCAUUGUUGGGGCGAUGACCAAGCACAAGACCCGGGAGGAAUGGCAAAAUGUGUUCCUCAUAGCUGCCGUGGUACACUACAGUGGUGUGAUCUUCUAUGGGGUCUUUGCUUCUGGGGAGAAACAGGAGUGGGCUGACCCUGAGAAUCUCUCUGAGGAGAAGUGCGGAAUCAUUGACCGAGAUGAAUUAGCUGAGGAAACAGAACUCAACCACGAGAAUUUUGCAAGUCCCAAAAAGAAGAUGUCUUAUGGGGCCACGACCCAGAAUUGUGAAAUCCGGAAGAAUGAAUGGAGAGCACAGGGAGGAGAGACUGUUACUGAGGAUGAGCUGACAUCCUACCAGAAUGAAGAAGGAUGCUUCCCAGACACAUCCUAAUGUCUGAGGUCUACCUCGUCUUCUCCUUGCUGUUGAUCCAGAAAGUAUCCAUGCUUAUUGCCUGCUCCCUCGCUGGGCUUUGCCAGAGGCCCA